AUGGCAAAAGUUAUCUUCUUAAUGGCCGAUUAUGGUCAUGACCCGACAGAAACAUGCGUGCCUUAUACGGCCUUUAAGAAUGCCGGCUUCGACGUCAAAUUCGCAACCGAAGCGGGCAAAUCGCCUCAAUGCGACUCCAAGAUGCUGGAAGGCCUCACGCAGCGCUUUUUGGGCGCAACGUCCUUCAACGUGAAAAGAUACCACGCCAUGGCCGACUCGCAAGAAUGGAGGAAUCCCCUCUCAUGGUCCGACGAGCAAUUUUCCCUGGACGCGUUCAACCUCGCCUUCUUCCCCGGCGGCCACGAUAAAGCGGUCCGGCAAGUGAUUGACUCGGAGAGAGUCCACAAGCUGGUGUCCGAUUUCUUCCCCGGCACCAAGAAGCCCAGCAACAAGGCCGUCGGCGCAGUCUGUCACGGCGUCAUGGUGCUCUCAGAGUCCAAGCAUCCCGAUGGGAACAGCGUCAUUCGCGACUGCGCAAGCACGACUCUGCCGGCGCGGUUUGAGCAGCUCGCCUUUUGGGGCACUCGCCUCUUCCUAGGGGAUUACUACAAGACGUAUGGAGCGGGAACCGACGACGUCGAAGUCUUGGUGCGAAAAGAGCUGGCAGAUCCUGAGCUGCUCAAGAUUAGCAUCAAGCCCUCACCCUUUGUUGUCGAGGACGAAAACUUCAAUUACAUCACGGCGAGGUACCCCGGCGACGCAGAACUUUUGUCGCAGAAGCUAGUUAAGCUAGUGCAGGGCUUUUGA